GCUUCCAUCGCAGCUAACUCCUCUCUCUUCUCUCUUCUCUUUCUCUCUCUAAAAGCACGGAGAGAAAAGCUCGAUCGUUGCUCAAAGAAAUACUAAACCAUCUCCAAACAUGGGUUCAGACACAGUUAAUCCCAAGGCAUACCCAUUGGCUGAUGCAUCACUCACCAUUACAAUUUUGGAUACAGUUCAGCAAGCUGCAAACUAUAAACAACUCAAGAAGGGAGCCAAUGAAGCUACAAAGACUUUGAACAGAGGGAUUUCAGAGUUCAUUGUUAUGGCUGCAGAUGCUGAGCCACUGGAAAUCCUUCUGCACCUACCGUUGCUAGCUGAAGAUAAGAAUGUGCCCUAUGUAUUUGUUCUAUCGAAAGAAGCUCUUGGAAGGGCAUGUGGUGUCACCAGACCUGUCAUUGCCUGUUCCGUGACUAGCAAUGAAGGCAGCCAAUUGAAACCCCAAAUACAGCAGCUCAGAGAUCAAAUUGAGAAAAUCAUGAUAUAAGCACAUGAGAUUGAAGCAACGAGUUUUGUGGUAUGAGAAAGCACGAGAAGUAAUGUAGUCCAAAGACUCAAAUUAUUUGUUAUAUCUAUAGGGAUAAAAGUCAGGUGCUUAUUGAAGGCCUGGAAUUUUGGUACCUAAAUUUGUGAUCUUAAGAGAUUUAAGGAAUUUUGGUACCUAAAUUUGUGAUCCUAAGAGAUUUGGGGGAUCUUUGCUUAUUUCUUUAGUAGGUAUUAGAUAGUUUUUUGUGUUUGUACAAUAUGUGGUCUAGAGUUAUAAAGCAUCCAUUUUAAAGAUGGAUGCAAAUAAAUAGGUGGUCCAUUUAAAAACAGUCCAGAUGUUUUUUUAAUAUAAUUAUUAUUUUUAGUUU